CAGCGAUCGCAUGCUGCAGUGUCCGGCUGUUCAGUUGCCUUCCGAAUAUAUCUCCAUGGGCCCUGCAUACGGUAGAAAAGGGGUACAGACUGCAGUUCAGUUACCGCCCCCCGAAGUUCAAUGAGGUGGUCGGGACUGUGGUGGACCCAGAGCAGGGUUGGGUGAUGGAACAGGAAGUUCGCUCCCUGUUGGUAAAGGAGGCCACAGAACGUGUUCCUCCGCCAGGGUUCUACAGCCGGUACUUCAUAGUUCCCAAGAAGGAUGGGGGGGGUUGCGUCCGAUUUUAGAUCUGCGGCUCUUGAAUCGUUCUUUUGAGGAGAUUCAGAUUCAAGAUGCUCACUAUUCCUAUCAUCGUUAGUCAGAUCAGAUCUGAGGACUGGUUUGUCAAGAUAGAUCUAAAGGAUGUAUACUUCCAUGUGUCAAUCAUUCCUUCUCACAGGAAGUUCCUGAGGUUUGCAUUCGGGGGCGUAGCGUUCCAACAUCGGGUUCUUCCGGGGACAACCCUGGCCUAGCUCUCUCCCCUCACAUAUUCACCAAAUGUAUGGAUGCAGCUCUGGCCCCGCUGAGGCCUCAGGGCAUCCAGGUGCUGAAUUAUAUCAAUGACUGGCUCAUUCUGGCCCAGUCUCGAGAAUUGGUAAUUCGACAUCGAGAUGUCGUCCUUGGCCAUAUUCAGAGCUUGGGGUUGAGACUCAACACAAAAAAAAGAGAGUGUUGUCGCCGCCCAGAGAACUACGUUCCUGGGGGUGGUGUGGGACUCGACAACGAUGCGGGCACAAUUGUCUCCCACUCGUAUCGAGUCUAUCCUAGUGAUGGUUUCCAGGAUCAAGCUAGGCCACGCUAUCACUGUAAAGCAGUUUCAAAGGCUGCUGGGGCUCAUGGCAGCUGCAUCCAACAACAUUCCUUUUGGCCUCCUGCAUAUGAGACCCCUACAGUGGUGGCUAAAAGCCAAGGGGUUUUCCUCGAGGGGAAAUCCGUUCCGUAUGAUCAGGGUCAUGCGGCGAUGCCUUUGUGCCCUGGCCAUAUGGAAAAAACCUUGGUUUCUGUCCCAAGGCCCAGUAUUGGGAGCAUCAUAUUGCCGAAGAAUCAUUUCGACAGACACAUUCCUUUACGGGUUGGGGCUCGGUCAUGGAUGGCCACUUUGCAGUGACUCAUGAGUGGUCUGUGGCAGGCCCAGCAUUCCUCAUGGCACAUUAAUUGUCUGGAAAUGCUGGCAGUCUACAAGGCUCUGAGCAGCUUUCUCCCAGACCUAAGCGGCCACCAUGUCUUAAUGAGGACAGACAAUAUGUCGAUGGUCUCGUAUUUGAACCAUUGGGGGGUCUGAGGUCCUGCCCUCUGUGGUCCCAAGGGAAACUGUCACCUCUCAGAGCGAUGUAUGUCACCGGGGACCAGAAUCAGGGAGCAGACAUCCUGUCGAGGCAGGGGUUGAAGCCCAGGGAAUGGAGACUUCACCCCGAGGUGGUGAAGCUGAUAUGCAAGAGGUUCGGCCCAGUGGAAGUGGAUUUGUUCGCAUCUUGAGAGACAUCUCACUGUCCACUGUGGUUUUCUCUCACUCAUCCAGCCCCACUGGGGUUUGAUGCCAUGGUACAGAUGUUGUCGAGGCUACACCUGUAUGCCUUUCCCCCAAAUGCUCUGCUCCUGGGAGUUCUGGAGAGGGUCCGGAAAGAGGGGAUCAGUCUAUUGCUGGUAGCCCUGUUCUGGCUAGCCUGAGUAUGGUUCUCAGACAUUAUUUCACUCCUGGCAGGCCAGCCGUGGCAGAUCCCUCUGACGCAUGCAUGGAGGAUGAGGCCUGCGACUCGUUCCAGAGUCCCAACCUGGAAUCUGGCUGUGAUUCUUGAAGGGCUGUCACUUGCCCCCUUCGAACCUCUUGUGUUGGCUAUGGCAAAGAACCUGACUUUUAAGAUGGUCUUUCUUCUGGCAAUUACUUCUCUCGAGAGAGUGGGGGACCUCCAGACCUUGGCUAUCUCACCGACUUGCCUGGAGUUUGCCCCUGGGGGAGUUAAGGCCAUUCUACACCCUAGACCUGGCUAUGUGCCUAAGGUAUACCAUCUAAUUUGGCAUGGUCAGUGGUUCUUCCGGCUUUCCAUCCUUCGCCACAUGUGUCGGCAGAAGAAGAAAUACUUUAUCUGCUCUGCCCUGUCAGAGCAUUGAACAUCUAUAUUCAGAAGUCUUCUCAGUGGAGGUGGUCAGACCAGUUGUUGGUGUGCUUUGGAUCACCCAAAAAGGGGUUUCAUGUUUCCAAGUAAUUGGAUAGUUCAGGCUAUUUCCUUGGCCUAUCAGGUGCGCAGUCUGCCUUUACCUGUGGCCUUGAGGGCCCACUCUACUAGAGGCAUGGCGUCCUCCAGUGCCCUCCUUUCAGGAGUCCCACUGCAGGAGAUCUGUGAUGCGGCCGGGUGGCCCACCCCACAUACUUUCACCAGAUUUUAUAGUCUGCACCUUCCUUCUAUUCCCUCUAGUGCUCUCGUCCUAAGUUGUGCCUGGUUCAGCUUCAUACUAGGACAGGCAUGUUUCGGUGUGGCAUAGUGGGUAUCCGUUCCCCAAAGUAUCGUUACCGACGCAGUUGUAACCGGAGACGUAGGUUACGACUGUAACCCUUGUUCCCUGAGAAAGGGAACGAGACACUGCGUCUCUUUGCCACACCUCUCCAUGCCUGGGAGUGGCUUGCUGAGGCUAUCUCUGUUGUGUGCCGGCGUCCCUUUGUAGCUUCCGUGUAUGCCAUCACAUGUUAAGUCAUGACGCAACACCAAUCAGGAUUGGAAUAGUUUCAUUCAUGCUUCAGACACGCUAUGCUGAGGGGGAUUCCCCAAAGUGUCGUUACUGACACAGUGUCUCAUUCCCUUUCUCAGGGAACAAGGGUUACAGUCGUAACCAGAGAUGUUUUCACUACAAGUUGGUUUAAAACAUCUAGCUCCAACUGGCUUAAAUUAGAACAAAUUUUGUGAAUUUUAUCCUUCAAAUUAAAAUUCUGAUAUGUGGUAAUUUUAUACAAUAUGUAACUUUUCUUUAAUAGUUUUGUGUAAUUUGUUUAAAAAGAGAGAGAUAUCAGUCAUUCGCAAGUCACCUCAUUAAUGUGGCCACGCCCACGGAGAGCGCGCAGCAUUCAAAGGCAAAUUCUGAGGCGAUCCAUGCAACAGAGUGAAUGCCCGCAUCAACUCGAAAAAAAUGUAUCAAGCUUAGUCAGAUACAUGUACAUCUUUUUGAGACACGGUGAGGAAUAAUUCUGGAAGAAUUUACCUCAGAGGAAGAGCACGACUUUCAGUUUCAUUUCGAGGAUCAACUUGAUCAAGUCGGUGAUUGUGAAUGAGACUGUUUAUUUUGGAUUCUCCUUCAUCCUCAUGCUAUCAAUAUGGCCACCAAUACGGUUACGAAGAUGAACGAAAGUCUUACGGGUUUGGAAUGACAUGAGGAAGAGGCCUCUUGUAAAUGCUUGCUCUGAACGCAGCAUAAUGUAAACGGAGUCUCGAGGGAACGAGAGUGACCCAUUGUAAAGAGUCGGAUCCCUCUUUCUCAGUGUCUCCCCAUGGCAGGGUCCAUAAAUAUACCAGGUGUAUAAACAUGCCACAUCCCUGCCCCUGGAGUUCUGAGGCCAGGCUUGGCUCAGAUGAGGUGCUGAUGUCCCUGCAGUGAGCAAACUCCCUGCCAGUACAGAUGGGUGCACCCUGCUUCCUGAUCUCUGAAUUGAGUUUGGCCUUACAGCCUUAGCCUCACCACAGCUGGCCAACAGAUUUAGACCCCUUUCACCCUCUUGCUGUUGGCCCGGGGACAUGGUGAAAGAAGACUGCACAUGGGAAAUGUCAGGUUGAACAUGAAUUAAGAGAUAUCUUUCUACAUGUAAGAAGUACCAUAAAUUGAAGUGUUGACCGAAACAUUAAGACUGACAAGAAUUGGCAGCCAAAGUCUUACAGAAUUGCCAAGAGUUUUUAUUCACUGGCAGCAAGGCUCAAAUGAUGUAACACAAGAGCAUGAGAAUCCUGCCUUAAAUUCUGUCCUCCUGGGAAGUUCCUCUUUGCUUUUUCAAAAGUUGAAAUUACGAUGUGAUGUGCAUGAUUUUGGUCAGAAUUAAAUGGACUCUGGAUUUCUUUCACCCUUUUCCACUUCCAUACAAAUACCCAUUUUAAACAUUAUUUUUUGUAAAACAUUAACUGCUGUUCUUCAUCAGCAAAACUUACAGUCUGGUCUUAAAGAAAGUCCCGAGUUUCCCACUGGAAACUUUAUGGUGGCAACUUGAAAAUACGAUUAUUUCAAUAAUACUUUAUACAGCAUGCACAGUUCUACACAUCUACAGUUUGUAAUUUGUCAUCAAAUGUUUGGAAUAAUGAUUUUUUUUAAAUAUAUUUUCUAAAGAUAUCUCUUGUGCUCACCAAGGCUGCAUUUAUUUAAUCAAAAAUGCAGUAAAAACAGUAAUACUGUGAAAUAUUUUUAAUAUUGUGAAUAUAUUACUCCAGUCUUCAGUGUCACAUGAUCCUUCAGAAAUCAUUCUAAUAUGCUGAUUUUGGUGUUCAAUUAUUAUAAAAUUUUUAUUUAUGCUCAAUUAUUAAUAAUGGUUCUUAUUAUAUCAUUGUCUGUAACAUGUAUGCUCAGUUUCUAUGAAUUUGUUUGUCUUAGAUCUCUUAUUAAUCUUGUUAGUUGUUAAUUAGUUCUACACACCUGUUCUGUUUCUUCUCUGAUUACCUCUUUUGUUUAUAAGCCCCGAGUUAUCCUUAGUUCCUUGUCGUGUAUCGUCUAUGUUAUGUGGUUAUGUUUACAUGGUUCUUCUGAGUUUUCCUAAGUAUUAUAUUAAAGACUGUUUCCAUUUGGGCCAUCUGUCUUCAUGCACUACUUUCUACAGCUGCCCGUGACAGCCUACAGGACUGAAAAAAUAGAAGGUGGACAUACCAGCACUGCUUCACCUUGUUGCCUGUGAGAAUCACCUGCUGGUGGAAUAUUGGUGGUGGAGGUUUAAGCACGGCGACGCCCUGUUCACCAUCAGCGGGGCAGAGAGGGAGCCCGGACCCACGCCUACCAACCAAGCGCUAGAGUCUGCCACCUGGGCGCCAUGGAGUCGAAGUGUGCUGUCCAUUCCAUCACAGAGCCAGGAGAGGACCACUGCCUAAUAGAUUGGUGGUCCGUGGAUCCAUUUCCCUCCCGAGUCCCCAUCCUUGAGUCUUCGCCUUCUCCAUCGGUCCCGUCCGAAUGCCUGGACACUACGGUUCCAUCCAGAGAUCUUCCUCCUCCGAUGUACCCGCCUGACUUCCUGGUUCCAUCUCCUCUGCUGGUUUCAUCCAGUUCCCUGGAUCCAUCAGUGCCACUGGUGUCGUCCUGCUCCUCGGCUCUGGCCCCACCGCUUGCUCCAUGCGGCUCCUUGACUUUGCCUCGGGGUUCCCUUCCACCAGGUCGGCAUGAGAUUGAGUCCUCGGCUGCACCUCGGGCCUGCAGGCCCAUGUCUCCACUCUGGCCUGUCAGCCCGUUGGCUCUUCCUCGGCUCUACGUUCCCUCAGCUCCAACAUGGUCCAUCAGCCCUAGGACUCAGUCAGUCGUCGCUCUGGCUCAGCCAUGUACUUUGGAGUCUCCGGCUACACCCCUUCUGCUUCACCAGGCUUCUCCUUCCCUCUGGCUUCCCUGUCAUCCUCGCUCCCUCCGUCAUCGCCCCGGUCUACUGAUUCCCCGUCUCGGUCCCGCGAGCCAGCAGCUCCACCUAGGGCUUCCGGGCUGCAGAUGUCGCCCUGGCCCGUCGGCCUCUCUGCUCCACCAAGGUCUCCAUGCACCUUGGUUUCGUCUCUGUCAGUCCCAGAGUUCCGCAUGGACAUUCUGCCAAAGCUCCACCCUGGCUCCUCCCACCGUUGGCUCCAAAAUGGUGUCUGUUUCCAUCUGCUCCUCCUGGUCCCUGUCCAUCACCAUCUCCACACCAUCCACCAGAGCCCCCCCUCUCCCUCCGCAGAUGGACUUGUUAAGGCACAAGGAUGCAUCUUUCAGGAGGGGGAGCUACUGUAACAUGUAUGCUCAGUUUCUGUGAGUUAGUUUGUCUUAGUUCUCUUAUUAAUCUCAUUAGUUGUUAAUUAGUUCUACAUACCUGUUCUGUUUCUUCUCUGAUUACCUCUUGUGUUUAUAAGCCCCGAGUUAUCCUUAGUUCCUUGUCCUGUGUCGCCUAUGUUAUGUGGUUGUGUUUACAUGAUUCUUCUGAGUUUUUAACACUGAUAAUAAGAACACAAUAUUACUGUUUUUACUGAUUUUUUUUUUUUUUAUGAAAUAAAUGCAGCCUUGGUGAGCAUGAGAGACUACUUUCAUAAACAUUUAAAAAACCCUAAUUAUUCCAAACUUUUGACUUUUUUUCUCAGAAUUGUGUGAUAUAAUGUAAUUGCAAGUUAUAAAGUCAGAAUUGCAAGAUAGAAACUUGCAAUUGCGAGUUAUAAAGUCAGAAUUGUUGUGUCUCCUGUUGUGUCUCAGCUUAAGGAAAAUUUUUAGAGACUAGCUCAUGCCCGAAUGCAUCUGAGUUGAACACCACUAACAGUUCACAAGGGUUGCCAUUUAACUGGAUAGCAACUAAUGCCUGGUUAGCUAGUAAUUAGGAGUCUCGUUUACACCAUAGACUUGUUAGACUGUCAUUUACGGAGAGGCUGGGAAAUUUUAAGAACAUAACAUUCAACUUGAUCUGUUUUACAAGUGAGCUGCAAUGAAAACAGAAUAUCAACACCUACAUAAUAACUUCAUUAUGACAGAGAUAUCUGGCAUAUGCUGAGUGCACGUCAUAGUUUCAAGGUGGAGGGAAAAGAAAACUGGACAAAAACAGAUGAUUGUUAACAUUAAAUGACCUAUUGUGAAUGUUGAAGCACAGUUAGUGUCGUCCUUCUGAAUAUCAUAUUUCCUUUUAUGUUAUGAAGUGGCUCCAAAA